AUGAUCUCCUUCCUUAAUCAGGGCCUUGUGACACGGACACGACUUAUGAUUGUCGAAAUGUUUGAUAGCAACGCUGGCAGUAGGGCGGCAGCGUGGUGGAAAAUCGAAACACGUCGAUUGGGUUGCUGUCGCAAUCUCUUCGCCUUAGCUUGA